AUGUUUGACGACUAUGUGAGUCAUAAUAUUCAGUUUGGCAUCGUUAAUAUUGAUUCACGUUGGGCAACUAAUUUCAAUACAUUUAUAUUUGAUCCAGUAAAAUUUCCAACAAUACGAAAUAUGCUUGAUGGAUUCCGUGCAAAAAAUAUUCAUAUUGUUGCAUGGAUGACUUCAAUGAUUAAUAUUGAUUCGCCUAAUUAUGAUUAUGCACAAAAACAUGGAUAUUUAUUUAAUAAAACAAUUAGCUGGUGGCAUGGAAAAGGACGUUUACUAAAUUAUUUCAAUGAAGAAGCUGUUCAUUGGUGGCAUAGUCAAAUUGAACGACUCUUAGAUACUGUUGGACCCAUCCAUGCAUUUAAAGCAGACGGUACUGAUCCAUAUAUAAUUGAAGUACUUGAUCCUCGUGUAACUUGGGAACGUUAUCGUACAGCUUAUUAUAAUGAUUCAUUUCAAAUUCUACGUCGGUUAGUUGGUCCCGAAGCUUUAAUUAUGUCGCGUCCUGUUGAUGAUAAUCUUGAUUUUUCUCCACAUGAUGUUGUAUUUAUGGGUUGGGUCGGUGACGAAGACGGUACAUAUGAUGGACUAAAAACAGCUCUUCGCUAUAUGCUUGAAAGUGGUCGUCGUGGUUAUGUGGGUUUUGGUUCGGAUAUUGGUGGCUAUCGUACAGAUUCUAAAGCUGGUAAAUUAGGUCGUACAAAAGAAUUAUUUCUUCGUUGGACAGCCGUAGGCGCUUUAAGUUCAUUUAUGGAAAAUGGUGGUAGUGGUGAACAUUUACCAUGGAAUUUUGACAGUGAAACAACUGACAUUUAUCGAUCAUGGGUUAAUUUACAUUAUAAAUUAGUACCGUAUCUUUAUAGUGAAGGUACAAAAGUAGCAAUUGGACGAAACGGUACAUUGAUGCGACCGUGUGAUGAUGUUGAAGCUUUACUUAGUCAUUCCUAUUUUCUUGGCCCAAAUAUCUAUGUAGUGCCAGUUUUACAAGAUCCAACUGCUGGUCAAACGCAACGUUUAUGGCUACCAAAAAGUUCAACAAAUCAAUGGAUAAAUUAUUUUAAUACAUCCAUUACAUAUAAAUCUCAUACAUUCAUUAAGGAAGAUACAAGUAGUCUCAAUCGUGUACCACUCUAUAUUGAACAAAAUUCUUUAAUACCAAUGUAUGAUAUAGAAAAAAAUUAUUCUCUCAAUGCAUUCAAAUUUGUUUUAUGGGGUAAAAUUAUAUUGGAUAAACAGCAGACAACAUUGUUUACACGCGAUGGUCAACAAUGGUUAUUAGAAUUCAAUCGUGUUCAACGACAAUUAACUGUUCAUUUCAUUCAACAAUAUGAUUUCAAAGAAAAACUUGAAUGGACUUGGAAAUUUUGUCAAUAUGUCAACCAACAAGAAAUUUGUUCACAUCAAUGGUUAUCACUUCAUGACAAGGCUUUUGUUCAACUCGAAUUUUUAGUUUAA